AUGGCGUGGUUCUCACUUUCUUCAGUUCUCUGUCUCCAACUCGUUCUCAUGCACUCCUUUUCUUCUUCCUUCGGUUUUCCAUCAUGCCGCCCUGACCAAAGUUCUGCUCUGCUCCAUUUCAAAAACUCAUUUUCCAUUAUAAAACUCAAUUCUGAUCCCUCUUUUGAGUCUUACUAUAUCUUUUUUGGUUGUGAGGACGAUAAUAUCAUUCCAUACUCCAAGACAUUGUCUUGGAGAAAUGGUACAAUUGUUGCUUGUGGGAUGGGUCGCCUUCAGGGUAAAAUUCUUGCCGAUAAUAGUCUCUUCCGCCUUACCCAUCUCCAGAGACUUGACCUAGCUGGGAAUGACUUUAAAGGGUCUCAGUUAUUAUCCAACUUCUCACAGUUUGUAAGUUUGACCCACUUACGUCUGGGUUCUGGCUUUUCUGGUGAAGUUUCACCUCAAAUUUCUCAUCUAAAUAAAUUGGUUUCACUUGAUCUUCCUGAUUAUGUAAGUUUUAAACCAAAAACUUGGGAGAGACUCCUAAAAAAUGCCACUCAGAUAGAGGAUAUUUGGCUGUAUGAUGUGGAUAUGUCAUCAAUAUCACCUAGCCAUUUAUUCAAGAAUCUUUCAUCUUCCUUGAUCUCUCUCACUAUUGCUGAAGCUGGAUUGCAAGGGCAUUUGGGAGAUGAAAUCUUUUGUUUUCCACAUAUUCAGGAGAUAGUUUUGGCAUUUAACAAAAAUCUCACGGGCUAUCUUCCAAAAUCUAAUUGGAGUAAUUCCCUCCAGGGAUUAAAUCUCGCGUCAUGCCAAUUUACGGGGGAAAUUCCGAAAUCAUUUUGGAACCACACACAACUUAUUGAGUUAGAACUCUCUAACAACGAUUUUGUUGGUCAAGUCUCACCAUCACUUUCAAAUCUUCAAAACCUCACUCGUUUAAGUUUAUCCUCAAAUAAUUUCAAUGGUCCAUUUCCAUCUUCAAUUUCAAAACUUAGAAAUCUCGAGUAUGUAGGUUUGGAUGAUAAUGGCUUCCAAGGACAUCUUCCAAAUGAAAAAACUGGAUUUCCACUUUUAACAUAUUUGUACUUGCACAAUAACCUAUUGAAUGGAACCAUUCCUUCUUGGUGUUUUUCUCUACCAUCGUUGGAGUGGUUAGAUAUUUCUACUAACCAAUUCACAGGAAGUGUGCAGUUGCAUCACAUGUCAUUUAAAUAUAUGCAGUGCUUUGAAUUGAGUAACAACUCCCUUCAAGGAGAGCUUACUGCUUCUAUUUGCAAUGCUACCUCACUUGGAUUUCUAAGCUUAUCCUAUAACCACUUCACCGGCACCAUUCCACACUGCAUCAGUAGCUCACUUGAAAUUUUGAACUUGUCUCAUAACAAGCUUGCCUUCCUAAAGUUAACAGUUUUGGAUCUGUUGAAUAAUAACUUUAGUGGUCUUCUACCUGCAACAUUUUUCAAAUCUUUUAAAGCUAUGAGAAAUGCAAAUGAAGGAAAAUCCAGCUUGCGCUACAUGGGUUAUGGAAAUGGCUCCAUGGGAAUAUACCAAGACUCCAUUGAGGUAAUCAUGAAAGGAUUGGACACUUAUUUAGAAAAGAUCUUGAUUGUUUUUACAACAAUUGAUGUAUCCAACAACAUGUUUGAAGGAAAAAUUCCACAAGUUAUUAGAGAGCUUGGCGCAUUAAAGGGACUCAAUUUUUCACAUAAUCAGCUAUCCGAUGCAAUUGCAAGCUCAAUUGGAAAUUUGAGGAAGUUGGAAUCCUUGGACUUAUCAUCAAAUAAGCUCAUAGGAAAAAUUCCUCCACAAUUGGCAAGUCUUGACUUACUUGGGUACUUGAACCUAUCACACAACGAGCUUGAAGGAUGCAUUCCUAUGGUCCCACACUUUGAAACAUUCUCAAAUGAUUCCUUUAAAGGAAACAAGGGCUUGCGUGGAUUUUAA